AUGCUGCGCCCUUCCCCGCACGCCGCUAUCCUAAACCGGUCUCCGCGCUCCCGAGUCCGGGCCUCGCACACGAUCUACGACCAGAAGACAGAGGGAGGGGCGGAUCCAGUAAGCCGGGCUUCUGCCUGCGCUCCCGAGGCGGAGCCGAGUCGAGCCGAGCCGAGCCAGAAGGAGCCGAGUCGAGGGGAGCCAAGCCGGGAAGAGCCGAGCCCAACGGGGCGGAGGCGAGAGGAGCCGAGCUCCGUGGAGCCCUGCCAAGGCGAGCCGAGCUCAGCCGAAUGGAGCCGAGCGCCAGGAGAGCUCAGCGGCCGGAGAGCGAACAAAAGGGGCCGGCGCAGCGGCCGGCGCAGGAAGGUCGGUAAAUAGAGACGGGAGGUAGCUGUGGCUCAGGUUCCUUCCUGCUAGACUACGUUCUCCUCCGAGGGCUGCUGGGGAAGUCUCUUGUAUUGGGAAUCUCGAAGCAGAAGAAUCUUGUCCACGUGCCCUUUGGUAGUGUUCUGAAUGAAAGAACUCAUUCGCUGGGAUACAAAAUGAGUCAGGCAGUUAAGAAGACAAGGCCCGAAAAUGAGCAGAAAGAGGAGAAAGAAAAUGGGUCCCAAGAGGGAUGACAACCACGAGGGCAGCCAGUAUCCCAACCCCAGCCCCUGGAUCCAAGAGUUGGAGCUUGGGCGGAAUUCAGAUGCUCUUUCUCCGAGUUUCCUGGCUGCAUCCCGGACUACUCCAGACUGGUUUACAUAGAAGCAGCACUCUUCCUGCAGGAAGAGGCAGGUGCCCCCUUUCUCGGCCAUAAUGAGGUCUAGAGCUCUCCGGUUUUGGAGGACGAUGCCCGCCAGGGAGUCUAUUUGGUCUUGGAGGGUAAUAAUGGAGGUGGCUAUUUCAUCUAGGCUGUCUGAGAGAGCCUUCGAAAGCUGUUGGAAAUAGAUGGUUGAAGUGGUGAUGCCAGCGAUGCUUAACCCGAGGGCGGAAGUGAUGCCCAGGCCCACAAGAAGAGGGAGGAGGUGAACGGCUCUCUUCCCGCGAGAAGUGGAGACCGAGGAGGGAAUUGUAGCGAAAAGGGGGACGGUUAUGGUUUGGUUACUGGGAAGGAGUUCAAUGUUUGGGUAUUGAAAGACAAGGGUACAGACACCCGACCAAUUGGCCGGAAGACAGACAUACGUGGAGCUUCCGCAGAGGAAGAAGACGCCGGAGGAGUUGAGACAAAAGGAGUACGUUAAGGAGAGAAGAUGUGAAAAGAUGUUUGGGGUGAAGUCCCCAUUUUCCUGGACGGUGGGUUCAUAUUCCCAGAUUGAAUAUUGUCCAGAGAGGGCUGCCCCCAUGAGGGGCUGGUACUGAAAGAGUGGAUAGGGAUCUUUGUGUCCCUGGAGUUUAAUCUUGAAGUAUGUGGUGUCCACAGACAGGGUGACGGAGUCAUUUCUGUCGGCUGGUUCAAACAGCGUGAGGUU